GCUUGGACUUCCACACUCUGAAUCGCCAGGAUGACACACGCUGCGCUCCCCCCGGAGAUCUGGCUGCACAUCGCGCAGUGCCUGGACGACCAGUAUAUCCAGAGGAGGGAGCACCGCCUGCACGAGGUGUCGAGCGUGUUCCUGCAGGUCGCGCUCGACCGGCGGUACCGCGCGCUCAAGGUGACGGACAUCACGCAGCAGUCGAUACAUAGGAUCGAGCGGCUGGCAGAUCCUGCUAUCGCUUGUCGCGUCCGAUCGCUGACGCUUGCGCCCCAUCUGAACACGAACCGCGCAAGGGGCGGCGUCGCGGGGCAUGGGGCGGCCAUGACGAUCUUCGGCGGUCUUGUCGGCGCGCUGCUGCGCCCCUCGGGCCCGCAGACGCAGCAAUCUGCGUGCGUCUUCGAGGACUGGCUGAAGGUCAUCGUUCGCGUGCUGCCUUUGCUUUCUAGUCUGGAUACCUUCGGCCUACACACGGACACGCUUGACACAACGAAGCUCGACAUUCAACCCCUCGUCACCUGUGCGUGGCAGGCCUCCUGCGCUCACGUCACCGACCUCCGCUUGCAAGCCUCCCUCCCUGGCUUCGCCACACUUCUCCGCACCUCGCCAUACCUCCCUCACCUCGAGCGCCUCAAGCUCACAUUCAUACACGCAAACCAACCCGCACCUGACGCGGAAGACGCGCUCCUAGCGUACGUCGCGCCCUUUGUGAACCGACACGCUGACCGCCUGGGCGCGCUUCGCGUGCACUUCUGGACCUACCUUCU